AUGAACAGACCUCGUAAUCGCCAGUCAAGACCGCCCCGCAAUGAGGCUGGUCGUGGCCAUGGCGCUGCUGCGGACAGUGGUCGGUCGACGAAGAACAACCACGCAAGGCCGAGUUACCCUUCAUUUGUCCCAAAGGUCCACCAAGUGAUUCCGGGCGCGGGGGUUUCAAUUGUCUUGAAACAAGAUCAGCCUACUGGUCGCGAAGUUCAAGGCAUUGUUGCAGAUGUAUUGACGCGUGGCGACCAUCCACGCGGUAUCAAGGUCCGCCUUCGAGAUGGACGUGUCGGUCGAGUCCAGCGAAUGAGUGAUGGACGCGAGACAGCGCACCCUGAGACAUCACGAGGCCACGUGCAAACCGGAGUCAUCGACCAAUCUGCAGGACAUGGCCAUGACGGACGACUUCCGGCUCGUACGCUCGCAGAUUACCUCCCUACCUUGGAUAAUGACGGCACUUUGACAGGACACGAAAGCCUCGGAGCUGGAGAAUUUUCUACUGCUACGGCUAUCUGCCCUAUAUGCGGAAAUUUCGAAGGUGAUGAAGUUGCGGUGUCUCAUCAUGUUCAAAGUCAUCUGGAGUAG